CAACAGCACCUAAUUUAUGUAUAACUUGACUGCCACAAAAUGGGGCCAACAGUGUAUGAAACAUGACUAUACGGUGACAGAUGUACACCUCUUAGAGAAGAGCUCCAGCACCAACCGCACUGGAGACUCACUUGUAUGCCAUGCCAAGGGCCUGGGCCAGGACACCUUCAAAAUUUGUAAAGAAUAUCUAAGGCCACUGAAGAAGUUCCUGCGAAAGUUGCACCUGCCCAAGGACCUUCCCCAGAAGAAGAAGCUAAAGUACAUGAAGCAGAGCCUGGUGGUCCUAGGGGACCACAUCAACACCUUUCUGCAGCACUACUGCCGAACCUGGGAAAUCAAGCACUGGAGGAAGAUGCUCUGGCGAUUUGUUUCUCUCUUCUCAGAAUUGGAGGCAAAACAGCUUCGCAGGCUCUACAAGUACACCAAGAACAACCAGACGGCCAAGCUCCUGGUGGCGGUCUGCCCCUUGGACGCCCCGGAGAGCUCCUUGCUGGCGGACCAGGAAGACAACCUGCCCAAGCUCUACAGUGCCUGGGGGCUGCACAGUAACAUCAGCGGCAUGAAGGAGAGGCUGUCCAAGAUGCAGGCUCCCCACGGAGAGGCCUCUCUGUUGGGGGAGCUCACAUCCCUGACCCGGGUCAGGAAAGGUUCUCUAAGGAAACUUCCUCACAAAACAAAGCCCAAGAGAAAGUGGAUUAAGGAAGCCCCUGAGACCCCGGAGACCUGCCCAUAAGAACUGCCAGCCUGGACAGAAGGCCAGCGUGUCCUGGCUCCCAGACCACUUAUCUUCAACACCCCUGCAUCCUGGGGGCUGGAGACCAGUGGGGGGAAAGAAGAAAACUGUCUUUGUCAAAAGGAUGCUCAAGUCUUAGUUAUAUAAAGGGGGCAGGAAAUAAACAUCCUUUAAGACAAUUCUACCUUA